GUUUAGACGCCAUUCGGGCAUGCUGCUCCUGGCGCGCGGACGGAGCCGGGUGGGCACCCGGGGGAUCUCGGUACUGCACCUCAAUGGCAGCCUCUCGGACGAGUCGGUCACGUCAGUCGUCGCCUCGGGCUUCCUCGCCUGCCUCGCGCAGCAGAAUGCGCGGCGCGAAAUGGCCAACAACAUCAAGUACACGCCCGACUCGUUCACGCUCGUCGAGCGGGACCUUUGGCACCCGGAGCUGCCGCGCUUCUGCAAGGCCACGAUGAACAGCAGCUACCGCGUCCUCCUCGGCGAAGGCUCUCCAGACGACGAAGCGCAGAUCGCGCCGAUCCGGUCGCUGACUGCCGAGCUCUUGGCCGCCGACUGCAUCGUCAUCUCGGCGCCGGUUUGGAACCACAGCGUCCCAUAUGUGCUCAAGCAAUACAUGGACUGCGUCGUGCAGCCCAACAUGACGUACUGCAACACGACCAAGCAGCCCUUCGUCUCGGGCAAAUCGGUCGUCCUCGUCACGUCGGCAGGUGGCGCCAGUACAAACGUGCCGGAACACGAGUCGGCAUACGGCUUGGUCAAGGCUGUCUUUGGUCGUAUGGGUUACGACCGCAGCCACGUGAUCACGAUCGAGGGGCUGCAGGCGCCCGAGCUGCGCGAGGCCCGGCUGGACAAGGCGCUGAGUGACGCCGAGGAGGUCGCGUCGCACGUGGCAACUGACGCAACCACCUAGUCCGACUUGCUGUACAUAGAUAGAGACAAAAGUAGCAAGACGUGGCCAAUACAGUUUUGGUAGAUGAUGUGAGA